UUCAUUACGCAUGCAUUGGUAAAUAGAUCAUCAUAUUUGUUUGCCCAUCUGGGGCGACACCUGGAAAUUUGCUACUCAGUUUAUAUUCAAAUUCAAACAUAAGCGUUCAACUAUGGUAAGUAUGAUGCAAAAUACGAUAAUAAUUUCAGAUUUUUAAAACAAAUCUUGUUUCAGAUUUUCAAAAACAAAAUUUCAGCAGUAUCGAAUAUCAAGGACGCUCGGGAUGCUUUAAGAUAUUCUGUUCAGCCUUUGGUACGAUGGGCACAGCUUUUCGAUGCAGCGCCAUUUCCAAUCAAGGCAUUUUCCAAUAACAGUGCACAUUGCAUGCGUAAUCUGAAACUGGGAAUGAUUUGUCAAGCAAUCUGGGCUGGUACACUAAUUGCAGCCACGUCUGUGUCGCUCGUGUACAAACGACGAUGGCGAUUAGACGGAUUGAAUGUUCCAUUUUUCACCUACGUUUUGUAUAACAUGGAAAUUAUCCUUGGAUUGCUCAAUUGUACUAUUGUUCAUAUUUGCUGUCAAUGGAAACGACCACGUUAUGAUAAUGUGCUCAAUCAAAUGGUGAGCAUAUUGAACGAAUUCGGAAAGUUUGGUGAAGAACAAGAUCUCGUAUGGCUUCGAUAUCAAUUUAGCAAGUAUUUGCUCGUUGGAGGUUUUUACUUCGUUGUAAUUGUCGCAGUGGAUGCAACCUAUUAUUGGAAGGUUAUUGUUUCUGUGUGCACAACAGGGGCUUAUUUCGUACCAAAUGCGGUGCAGUUUCUUUCGCUAUUACAGUACGCAUAUGUCGUCAUAUUUGCAUAUCGAAAAUGUAGAGCCGUAAAUGCCAUCCUUCUGGCCGUUCGAUAUUCAUUGAGGUCAAAUUUCAAAAGCUACUGUUCAACAAUUCGCACACUGAGAAAACAACACAUGCUGUUGCAUCGAUUGGUAUUUCAAGUGAACCGUGAUUUCGGUGUGCUAAUCAUUCUGGCGGUUUUCUCAGUGCUCGUCGCAAUCAGUAUUACAUGCCUGGAAAUGUAUCAAUAUACGCACGAGAAAACUUUAAAUUUUUCCACCAUACAUUAUGUCAUCUACUCGGCCCUAUGGGUUUUGAUGUACGUUUGCAAAUUGUUGAUUGUCCUAAUUCCAAAUCAUCUGAUGGUUAAUGAGCGUGAUCUGACAGGGAUGAUACUUCAAGGAUUGCCAUUAGUAGAAAGUAAAGAGUUUACCAAUGAGACGUUGAAAUUUUCUCGCCAAGUUUUACUCCAAAAAGGCCCAUACACUGCAAACGGAGUAUUUGUGCUGGACUUAACGCUAUUGGUUCACGUAAGUUUGCUAUAUUCACAUUACGACCACUUUAGCUAGUACUGCUAUUUAUAGAUUUUCGGUGCUUUGGCAACAUAUUUAGUGAUACUGAUUCAAUUUGAUCAGUCGCCUAGAAUAAAAAAUUAAGUACCAUAAAAUUGCGAUAUACCUAAAUAUGUUAACUAAUUUCCUUCUGUAAUGUUAUUGUAGUAUAGAUCUAAUACAUGCUUAUGUACAAAAAAAGGAAUAAAUAAAUA